AAGCUAUCUUUUUGAUUUAGCUCCCUUUCUUUGUUGCCAUGACUGUUAGGUAAACAGCGCGUAAAUUCAUAAUGGACGAUUGCGGGGAAAGCGAUGCAGAGUCUGAAGUUUUGUUGUCUGAUGGAUCAGAUAUUGGUGUAGACGAAUCCAAUAAUGAAGAUUUUUCAUCUGAUACAGACAGUGACUCAGAUUCCCAAAAACUCGGUCAUCAUUGUGUACAUUAUACAGUCAGUUGAGCGACGUUGGCGAUGAUUUCUGGUCCCACGAACUUCACGAUAUAGAGAUUGCUGAGUUUCAAGAAGAGUAUGGUCCCUCCCAUGAUUUUGAUCCCUUGGACCAUGUAUACCGAUACUUUCUGCUGAUGUUACCAACAGCAAUUUUUGGAAAGAUAGCCGAGGAAGCUAACAGGUAUGCACAACAGACAGCUGAGAGAACUGGGCAGCCUGAUGCUGACUGGACCCCGACAAACGAAAGAGAGGUGAAGGCGUAUUUUGGAUUAUGGAUUUUGAUGGGGAUUAAUCAGUUACCAGAUAUUCAUAUGUACUGGUCUGAUAACAAAUAUAUAGGACACCAGGGUUUCAAAGAAUGCAUGACCAGGAACACAUUUAUAAAAUUGUCCCAGCACUUACACCUCAAUAACAACACUACACAAGGACCGCCAGGAUCUCCACUGUAUGACAAAUCCUCAACACAAGCCAUUAACAGUUUAACACCAGUUCACUUUCUCCUUGUACAUGUAGACUCAUCAUCUUAG